CAGAGACAGUCGUUAUCUAGCGCUGGGGAGGCUGACGGUGUGCAAGAGAUGGUGUUGAACAAUGGCGGCGAGUCUGACGACCCUAAGUCGGCUCGCCAGUCGCCUCCAAAAGAAGCUGCAGAAGAUGCCGCUCCAGAAACACCUUUGUUCUUGCCCACUGACAGUCAGGCUGUGAUUGAAAGUCCCCAGCGCGAAGACAGACCGGCUGAGGUGAUACCGCCUUCCUCACCUGUCCAGUCCGAUACCGAGGAGGAAGAAGACGAGUCGGGAAUCCCUCCCCCUCCUAAGAAUGCGCUUCCUGCUUCACAGCCUGCCCCUCGUCCACCAGUUGCGCCUUAUCGACGGCUUACGGACAUCGCCAGCAGUCAGGGCUCGCUGUUCACUCCGAGACUCAGCUUGCCGCCUGCGCUUGCCAGGAAGCCUAUAGAGAAGGGGGCGCUGAGCCAGCUGUAUGCUGAUGAAGAAGAGGAAGACUCUGACUCUGACGACUCCGACGACGAUUCUGAGAAGGAGGGUAAGUCUCAUGUACCAAAGAAUCGUAGAGCAGGGAGUGGGGUGACGAGGAGGACCUCUGGUUUGCUCGCUUUUGCGUGAUUUUCGCAUGGCUGUCUUGAAUUGAAUGUAUCUAUAGUUCCUAUAACUCGACCUCUUACAUCUCACUUAUCUUAGGAUAAGUCUUAGCAUAGUCCUACUACGGCCCUCUGGCGCGACAGCUAUAGAUACCGAGUCAGAAUCUAGACGCGUAGGUCAUGUGACCUGUGACAGUUCGCAGAA